AUGUUCACCCCACUCGGCCUAUUCAAGGCUAUCGCCUGUCCUGAAGGGAAAGAAUGUCAGCUCCUAACCUGCGUGUUCUCCCACCAGGACAACACGAAGCCACCGGAACCGCAGCCAGUCCCACAGUCUACUUUGGCCAAAGAUGAACCCCGCCUGCAAGAGCCGGCGCAAAAGAGGAGAAAGGUUGAGCAUAAUGAACAGACGCGCACCGCAUCGGUACGGCCGGAAAUGGCAGCAGACAGGCGACGAGAUACUGAGAAACAAUCGUCUCGAGAAAUUAGCAAUUUGCACUCCGUUUCGAGAAACAUAUCACCGCCACCUACUAAAUCCCGACUCAAAGAAGAAGGUACCAAAGCAAAACCUGUCGCCACGCCGACGUCAACAGCCAAGAAUGGGCCUAGUCCGGUGAAGAGAAAGGUCCCAAAGGAGUCACUAAAUCCACGAAUGCUCAAGAAAGCACCCGCUACACAUUCGGUCCGAUCUUCGAUAUUACAGAAGCUUCACGCUGCCAUGUCGGCACUGAAUGGGAAGAUGGCGAGUCUCAAAGACAAUGAAAAGUCAUCCCUGGUGCUUUCACCAGACGAACUAGUUGUCAUGGCUUUAGACGAGGAACAAAAAGUGGCAAAGGAUAACCCGAGUGUCUAUGGGAAUGUCGUUAAAUUGCGGAUCGUCAAAUUGCAAAAGAUGAGUCUUGAAGAUUGGGGAAAGGAGGUUCUGGUCCAUCUCAAUGCGCGAUAUUACAAGGUCGAGGCCCCGAAACCAGACCAGCAGGCCAAGAAAUUCACUACCGACAUGGAAGAGGACGAAGAAAUCGCCAUUUCCCGAAUGCUCCGAACUGAACUGAAGGGCAAAGAAACGUUUGGCUAUAUUACGAGUAUUCCCAGCCAGGAUGAAAUCGAGCAGGCCAAGAGUGGCAUUGAGACUGCACAAGGCUGGGAGAAGUGUGAUCGAUGUGCCCGGCGUUUCCAAGUAUUCCCAGGUCGUCGUGAAGACGGCACUCUAGCUACUGGUGGACAUUGCACAUACCAUCCAGGCAAGAUCAUACGGCCGGCUAGGAAAGCCACCGAUCAUAUCACCGGCCAGGCCGAUGCGCAUUUCCCAUGUUGCAACGAGUCUGUCGGAACGUCUGCAGGGUGCACGAAAGCCGACCACCACGUAUUCAAGGUCUCGGAAGCGAAGCGGCUGGCCGCUGUGCUUCAGUUUGAAGAAACACCCACUCAUGAUGACGGCAAGGGACCGCGAAAACCAGUCACUUUUGAUUGCGAAAUGGCGUACACGACGUUCGGCAUGGAAUUAGUCCGUCUUACGGCAUUAAGCUGGCCUGCCGGCGAGAUGCUUGUCGAUGUUUUGGUCAAACCCCUGGGAGAAAUCUUGGAUCUUAACUCGAGAUACUCGGGUAUUUUCCCGGAGCAUUACGCGAAUGCUAUUCCUUAUGGCACGCCAGUUCCUGAAAACACGCCUGCAAAGGAAGAGGGCGAAAUCUCCGCUCCUCCUAUGCGAGUUGUGGACUCUCCAGCGGCGGCGCGUGCGCUUUUGUUUGAAUUCCUAGACCCCGAUACGCCGUUGAUUGGCCAUGCGAUUGACAACGACUUGAAUGCUACGCGCAUUAUCCACCCAACUAUCAUUGAUACCGUUUUAUUAUAUCCACACCCUAGGGGCCUACCUAUCAGAUACAGUUUGAAGCAUCUAACAAAAUUGCAUCUCGAGCGAGACAUCCAGAUGGGCGGUGACAAAGGUCACGACUCCAAGGAGGAUGCGCUGGCUACAGGAGACUUGGUUAGGCUCAAAGUUGUCGAAAAAGCAAAGGUCAUCAAACGAGCAGGGUGGACAUUUAAGCACCACGCAUAG